AUGCAUGACAUGUACCUACCAGACGCUACCAGACGCUCUAAAUAAAAAGCAAUAUUGGCAUAAUGAAACUGUUCCACCUCUGAACUCUUCAUUUUAUUUGUAUUUCAAUAUGUUAGGUACAUUUUUUUAAUCAAUCUAACCCUGUGACACUGUUUGGUAAUCUAUAUUCUCAUUCCUUGGCAACACCUAAGGGCUGAGCCAUGGCCCCGAGAAAAAACAAAGUUGCUAAAGAGGAGGUCCAGGUGACCCUCGGGCCCCAGCAUUUAGUGGGCGAAACAGUGUUUGGUGUAGCACACAUUUUCGCUUCAUUCAAUGACACAUUCGUUCAUGUUACUGAUUUAUCCGGCCGGGAAACUAUCGCCCGUGUCACUGGUGGCAUGAAGGUGAAGGCUGACCGUGAUGAAGCGUCACCCUACGCUGCUAUGUUGGCGGCACAGGAUGUAGCAGAGAAAUGCAAAACUCUUGGCAUAACGGCCUUGCACAUAAAGCUCCGUGCUACUGGUGGAAACAAAACAAAGACCCCUGGUCCUGGUGCUCAGUCUGCACUUCGGGCUCUUGCUCGUUCAAGUAUGAAGAUUGGCCGCAUUGAAGAUGUCACCCCCGUACCAUCAGACUCGACCCGUAGGAAGGGUGGCCGAAGAGGACGCAGGCUGUAAUCUGCUUUUAGGUUAAGUUCAAUGUGGACUUUCAAUAAAGAAGUUUACACAACAAA